AUGAUGCCGAAUAAUUCUCCUACGAAUACAACGUGCAAAGAAGGGUCUCCUCUCAGACCAUGUAAUGAUGAUUUAGAGGUUGGAAACACAAAAGGCAAUGAGGUUACAAACAAUGGAUAUUUCGGGAGACAGUAUCAAAAAGCACUUUUACCAGAUGUACGGAUUUCAUCAGCUGACGAACGACCAUCCAAGAGCAAGUUCCGUGUCCGCAACGUUAGUCCUAUGCAAGUGCCUAGGCAUAAAACAAGCUCUACAUGUUACCGGAUAUUAGUUCCCGAAACAAAUACGGAAAAACUAGUACUUUUCGUUUGUCUUACUGUGUUUUUCACCUUACUUGCCUCGCUAGUAUAUUUCUUUGUGAAAAUAGAAUGCAUAUUUGGAGCUAAAGAUCAAAAAUGUAAAAGUAACUGGUUCUCAAAUAAUGAACCUGGUGUAUGUAUGAAAGAAGAAUGCGUUAAGACAGCUGCUUCAUUAUUGUCAGCGAUGGAUCCAACUGCAGAUCCUUGUGAUGAUUUUUAUCAAUUUGCUUGUGGUACCUGGGAUAAAAGGCAUUUAAUUCCUGAAGAUAAAAGCAGUAUCAAUACAUUUGAAGUGCUUGCUGAUCGAUUACAAGUUAUUUUAAAAGGACUUCUAGAAGAAUCAGUAAAUAGACUUGACAGUUCAGCAACAAUUAAAGCAAAACUAUUUUAUAAAUCAUGCAUGAAUAUUACUCAAAUCAGAUAUAUCGGAGACUUACCUAUCCGUGAGCUCUUAAAGUCAAUUGGAGGCUGGCCGGUGAUCGAAACAAAUUGGCGACCACCUGAUUAUAGUAUUGAAGUUUUGCUUGGUCGAUUAAAAAAAGAAUUCAAUGAAGGAAUCAUAAUUGAACCAUGGGUUGGGCCAGAUGAUAAAAACUCUUCUGUAAACAUCCUUCAGUUGGAUCAAAUGCAAUUGGGAUUACCGAGCAGAGAUUAUUUUUUAAAAGACAGUAGUGCUGAAGCAUUACAAGCUUAUCAUAAAUAUAUGUCUGAAGUAGCUGUGUUAUUAGGGGCAAAUAAGUCAACAGCGCCUUUUGAACUAUUAAAAAUUAUUGAAUUUGAAAUUGAAAUAGCAAAUAUUACUCAAACGGAAACCGAUCGGCAUGACACAACUGGCACAUAUUUAAAACUUCCAUUGAAAGAUUUACAAAAGCAAGUUCCAGAAUUUGAUUGGCAAUUAUAUCUGAAAACUAUUUUGCAAAUUAAACUUUCCGAUCAGGAACCUGUAGUUAGUUAUGCUAUGUCAUACUUUACACAACUCGGUUAUCUUAUAAAAAAAACUGAUAGAAGGGUUAUUCAUAAUUACAUUAUCUGGAGACUAGUUCAAAGCACUGUACUUCCGCAUAUGAUUGAUGAUUUUCAGUAUAAAAGACUAAAUUUUAAGAAAAUAUUAUUGGGAAUUCUCAAUGAACGAAGUAGAUGGAGAGAUUGUGUAGAUUGGACUAACAAGCGACUUGGAAUGGCAGUUGGCGCUUUAUUUAUAAGAGAUAAUUUCAGCUUAGAGAGUAAAGUGACUGCUAUGGAUAUGAUACAAUCAAUUCGAGAAGCAUUCAAUGAACUUUUAAAUGAAAACCAUUGGAUGGACGAACAAACAAGAAUAGUGGCUAAAGCAAAGGCGGAUGCUAUGAAAGAACGAAUUGGAUAUCCAGAAGUAUUAACAGAUCCAGACGAGUUGGAAAAAGAAUAUACUAUGUUGAAUGUAACGGAAAAUCAAUUUAUUCUUAAUGUAUUUAAUGUGCUAAAGUUUGAUGCUUAUCAAAAUUUAGAAAGACUAAGAAAACCCGUUGACAAAGAUAAAUGGUCAACAGAACCUGCAGUGGUUAAUGCAUUUUAUAAUCCGAAUAAAAAUCAUAUUGUCAUCCCUGCUGGUAUUCUUCAACCUUUAUUUUAUAGUCAACAUUUUCCUAAAUCUUUAAAUUAUGGUGGGAUUGGUGUAGUAAUCGGUCACGAGAUUACUCACGGAUUCGACGAUAAAGGUCGACAGUUUGAUAAAAAUGGUAAUAUGAUCGAGUGGUGGGAUUCUAAAACAAUAUAUACGUUCAGGGAAAAAGCUCAGUGUAUGGUGGAUCAAUAUUCAAAGUACAAAAUGCAAGAAGUAAAUUUACACGUUAAUGGACGCAUGACACAAGGCGAAAACAUAGCUGACAACGGUGGACUUAAACAGUCAUUCCGGGCUUAUAAGAAAUGGGUGUCCAAACAUGGAGAAGAACCAUUACUUCCUGGCAUUGCAAUGUCACACGACCAACUGUUUUUUUUAAAUUACGCACAAAUUUGGUGUGGUUCAAUGCGACCAGAAGACGCACUGACAAAAGUCAGAUCCUCCGUACAUUCGCCUGGGCCCACACGAGUUUGGGGUCCCUUGUCGAAUUCCGAUGACUUUGCCAAAGCAUAUAAAUGUGCGCCUGGAUCUCGAAUGAAUCCUGUCGAUAAAUGCAUUGUUUGGUAGAAUUCGUUACUACAUAGGUUAUAUUUACAUUUCAUAUCUGAAUUCUAUUUGUUAUUGAUAAACCAUUUAUUUUAUUCUCACAUUUUAGCUGUUUACUCAUAAUACAGGGCAAAGUACUUACAAAGCAUAUCAUAUUAAAAUAAUAGACAUGCAAUUUGAUAAUAGGUUCAUAAUCAAAUUGAUAAUUUUCUCAUAAAACUUAUGUUUCACUAUAAUAUUUUUAUCUGAUAUUCUGACUAUUGUGAAUUGUGAUUAUCCUAAACUAUUACGUACCAAUAAAUUAAAAGUUAAAAAUCAAUAUAUCACCAUAAUUUCUUAUUUUUACAACUUACAAAUAAUUAUUUAAAAAUUAUUAAAACGUUUAAAUUUGUUUUAUGAAUUAAUAUAAAAUGACUAUUUAAUACUAAAAUUACUACUAAGGUACUUUGAAAAUUUGCCUUGUAUUGUAGCUUGUAAACAGAUCACCAAAAUAUUUUUAAUUUAGUCGUAGGUUUUUUCAAACGUG